UGGAUGCAGUAUAUAAAGAGGGGUUUCAGUUAGUAUGGAGAGGUUUCAGUAUAUAAAGAGAGGACCUUUAGUAACUACAGCAGUUGUAAUUCAACGACGUCGUAGAUACAAUCGUCGUAUCUACAAUUGUGAUUCUUCACAACAUCUCGUCAUUAUGGACACUUGGAUACUAUUGUCGAUUUUAGCAGGCACCAUCGCUGUCUAUUAUUACUGUUUUAAGGAUUUAAAUUUCUUCAAAAAACAUGGGAUUAUUCACUUAACACCGUGGCCUGUCCUGGGCAACAUCGCGCCAACGGUUCUCCGCCAGUUAUCGAGGGCCGAAGUUAUUAAAAAAAUUUACAAUCUGAAUUCAGAUGCCAAAUAUGUCGGUUUCUUCGACAGCAUGAAUCCAAUAGUGAUGAUUCGCGAUCCGGAUCUUAUCAAGUCGAUCGGCGUUAAAAAUUUUGAGUCGUUUCCUGAUCAUCGCGCUUUCAUCGACGAAGUUAAUGAUCCUCUAUUUGGCAAGAAUUUAUUUUCGCUUCGUGGUGAUAAAUGGCGAGAUGUCAGAACUCUACUAAGUCCCGCUUUUACAUCUAGUAAAAUGAAAGCUAUGUUUAAGCUAAUGUCUGACUGUGCUGCCAAUUUUACCGAGUUCCUUGCCAAGUUACCUUCUGACAAAAGUGUUAUGGAAAUGAAAGACUGCUUCACCAGGUACACGAAUGACGUAAUCGCAACCUGCGCCUUCGGGAUUGGCGUUGAUUCUAUGAGAAAUCCUACCAAUGAAUUUUACGUUUACGGAAAAGAUGCCACUACUUUUAACACUCUACGCACUAUAAAGUUUUAUUUCGUCAGAAGUAUGCCUCGUAUCACCAAAAUGUUGGGUAUUAAAUUCGUUGAUGAUCGUGUAGGUAAAUUUUUCAAGGAUCUCGUGAGGAACACCAUAGAUACCAGAGACAAGCAGAAUAUCAUACGUCCAGAUAUGCUGCAACUCAUGAUGGAAAGUAGAGGGAAAAGAGGACCCGGAAAAGAACUGACGAUCGAAGAUAUGACUUCGCAAGCGUUCAUCUUCUUUUUUGGUGGUUUCGAUACCGUUUCUACCUUGAUGUGCUUUGCUGCUCACGAAAUUGCCGUUAAUCCAAGCGUUCAGACAAAAUUGCGCGACGAGAUAGACGAGGUUUUAAAGAAAACGAACGGAGAAUUAACUUAUGAAGCUUUGAACGGAAUGCAAUAUUUGGAUGCUGUGAUUAAUGAGACUCUUAGGAUGUGGUCUGUGGCAGUGGCUAUAGAUAGAUUAUGUGUACAAGAUUUUGAGCUACCGCCAGCACUUCCCGGAGAUAAGCCCUUCGUUGUGAAGAAAGGAAUGUACGUUUGGUUACCUAUAUAUGGUAUUCAUCGGGAUCCCAAAUAUUUCGAAAGACCGGAUGAGUUCUAUCCCGAACGUUUUCUGGAUGAAAAUAAGAAAAGGUUAAAUAUUAAUGCAUAUUUACCAUUCGGAAUCGGCCCGAGAAUGUGCAUAGGUAAUAGAUUUGCAUUAUUGGAGACCAAAGUCGUGAUAUUUCAUUUAUUAGCUCGUUGCGAAUUAAAACUGUGCGCAAAGACUUGCCAUCCCUUACGAUUGAGCAAAACAAGUUUUACCAUGUUAGCGGAGGGAGGGUUCUGGCUAAAGAUUCAGUUGAGAAGAGAUGCUCAUAUUAAUAUAUCUACAAACAUUAAUGGUAAUGCAGCCAAUGGUCAUAUUUAAAUUUGUACGAAUGUCGAUAAAAUACUUUUGUAAAUAUAAACCCAAUGCAAUUCUAUUUCAAUGAGAAAUAAUACUGGAGAAAAAUAUACGUAUAUAUGUAUUUGUAGUGGAGAUGUUUGUAUAAAUUGUAUAAAAUAGUCUUAUUCUAAAGUAACGACGCAAAAUAAUAUAAGAUAUUACUUUUCUUUGUAUAAUCAUCAAAACAAUGAAACUUAUAGAAUAUUAAUCAUACAA